AGUUUCCAUCGCUAAGAAAAAGAAAAAUCUCUCAAAAGCGCGGUUUCGUCUCGUUCGUCGCCAAGAUCGUUUUAGGUCUGAGCGAUUCAACGUGUUCGGCUAUUCGAAAAAGGUGUUACUGUUCUCCACUCCUCACGUAACAGAUCGUAGGAACACUAGCACAAGUUUUCAGCUAUGAUUUUUCCUGCCACCAAUCAUGCUGAUCAUUUGCUCAAGAAUGAGGGCGUUCAUGGUAGAUGCAAGAACCCCUCAAGUGGUAUGAAUGGUGCUGAAGAGAAACCACGGCUUGUUUUCAGGAUCAAAUUGCCUCCAGCCCACAACAAAGGAAAAAUGCCUGGCAAAGUCAUCAAGGACAGAGCGGAUGAGAAGCCAGUCCCAACUCUUUCAAACAGCCUGAAUUGUGUUGAAAAGAAACCACCACUUGUUUUCAAAAUCAAAUUGCCUCCAUCCCACGACAAAGAAAAACUGUCUUUCAAUGCAAAGAGUGGCAAGGAUGAGAAAUUGGUACCCACAACUUCGGGUAGCAUUAGCAUGGGAAAUGGGUCCAUGAACAGUUGCUUGAAGAACCCCAUUUCUUCUCGCCCAAAAAAUCUGGCUUCAAGUGUUGUUACCAAGGACAGAUCAGACAAGAAGCCGGUUCCAACAUCUUGUGCUGCGAAGAAAGCUUAUGGUGUUACGAGGGUCAAGCUGCCAACACCAUACAACAAAGGGAUAGAGUUGAAUGGCGGCAGUACUGGUAAUGUGAAGAAAUUGGUACCGAUGGCUUCCAGUGGCAUGAGUGGUACUGAUGGAAAAAAAGAGCAACGUUUGAUCAAGAUCAAGUUGCCUGCACUGCGCCAAAAUAAGGAGCAGUUGAACAUUCGAAAGACGGUUGUGCAACAAACAAGGUUUAUUAAUGGCAGUUCAGCUAUACCAAAGACUACAGAUAAGAGUUUUUUGGGAAAACCUGAAAUAGAUGAGGAGUUAUUUGAGUUGAAGCUUGAAGCCACCAAAAGAAAGCUACAUCAGAGGUACCAACAAGCUCAGAGUACCAAAAGGAAGAUUCAGUUGUUAGACUUCCAAGACAUCCCUAAGCCCGAGAAUGUUACCAAGAGACCCAAGAGAUGUUGAGAGAGUUUGACAGUUUUGACUAUCGAUUAAGAC